ACCGCCUGGCCGAUUCGUCAGCCAUGUGUGUGUGUGUGUGUGUGUGACCUUGCAGUGCCGAGGACAGCAGGCCCGUCGCGGCCGGCCGCUAUAAAGGCCGCCGCCGGCCGUCCACCGACACAGUAUCGCUCACCUCACCUCUCCACUCACAUCAUGAAGCUGCUGGCGCUGCUGGUUGUCGUCGUCGCUGCCGCCGCAGUGGCCGAGGCCGACGGAGGAUAUGGCCACCAGACACACUACCCGGUCAAGACGAUCGUCAAACACCGCCGCUACCCGGUGGUGAAGCACCAGCCGUACCCGGUGGUGCGCCGCGUGCCCGUCUACAAGCCCGUCCACAAGACGGUCGUCAAGCACGUGCCACAGCCGUACCCGGUCGUCAAACACGUGCCCGUCGUCAAGCACGUGCCCGUGGUCAAGGAGGUGCCCGUGGUGAAGCACGUGCCGGUCGUGAAGCGUGUGCCCGUGGUGGAGCACAAGUACCAUGUCAAGAAGGUGCCCGUGCACGUUCCCGUCUAUGUGCAGAAGCCCUCCAGCGGGUACGGUCACCACUGACCUGUGAGGGGUGGAUGUGCCAGUGCGUCAACGGUCAAUGAGAUAUAUGUAUGUGCUAUGUUUUGUUAACAAACAACAUUUAAUUUUAA